CUUCCUUUGGAGCCGGGGCGCCAUUUUGUGCGCACGCACGUAAUCAGCCAAAAUGACGAACACAAAGGGAAAGAGGAGGGGGACGCGUUACAUGUUCUCGAGGCCCUUCCGCAAGCAUGGAGUUGUCCCUCUGGCUACCUAUAUGCGGAUCUACAAGAAGGGUGACAUAGUUGAUAUCAAGGGUAUGGGUACUGUUCAAAAAGGCAUGCCCCACAAGUGUUACCAUGGCAAGACUGGAAGAGUGUACAAUGUUACUCAGCAUGCGGUGGGCAUUAUUGUUAACAAGCAGGUUAAGGGCAAGAUUCUGGCCAAGAGAAUUAAUGUGCGUAUAGAGCACAUUAAACAUUCCAAGAGCAGAGACAGCUUUCUGCAGCGUGUGAAGGAAAAUGAAAGGAAGAAAAAGGAAGCAAAAGAAAAAGGCAUUUGGGUUCAACUGAAACGUCAGCCUGCUCCACCAAGAGAAGCACACUUUGUGAGAACUAAUGGCAAGGAUCCAGAGCUGCUGGAGCCAAUUCCUUAUGAAUUCAUGGCAUAAUGUGUGUUUAAAAAAUAAAGAUAUCAUUUUGGACAAGUGUA